CCAUCAUUUUACAAUGGCGGAAGCAGACGUCGACGAGAUUGAAGCGCUUCACGCGGAGUUUGAAUGGCUUCUGCAAGAGGAAGUGAAUAUUGUCUUGGAGCAGCUACAGGGAGUCAUCAUGGAGUGCUCAAAGCGGUUUCCCGUCUCCAUUCCCGACGUGGACGCUCCGGUCAAGUCCGAAAAGUUCUUCAUGACCAGUACGAGUUCGACAUCCUCCUCGGAUCAAAUAAAGGUGGUCGUGACUUUAACCGGCGACAACAUCAGUCAUGCGGACAUUACUUUGCGCAUUCCAAAGCAUGCUAUGCCCAAUUUGAGAACGAUAGUGCAGAAUGACUGCCAGUGGAAACUGCAGCAGGUGCAGGAUGCUGGAAACAACCUUUUACAAGCCCUAAGCCUACUCACGCCUCCUCCUCUCAAGACAAGGUUUGAGUUCAAGUCUGCAGAGGAAGUUACUCAGCUGAUGACCACCAUCAUGGGGUGCCUGCAGAGAGGCAGGGCCAGCCUCAUCAUUCCCAAGAAGCGGACCAUUGAGGAGAUCCUCGGAAGCAGGAACAUGAAUUCAUCAGCUGCCUUGCAUACCGGCACAGCCAUACCAGCACGUAGCAGCAGGACACCAUUAAUGUUGCAGCAGAAAUCUUUACAGCCCCCACUGCCGAGCGACAUAGCUGCCAGCUUCUACGUCCAGUCGCACAAGCUCGUUUUUGCCGUCUACCACAUUCACAAGGACUCGCACGGACAGCCCAAGUUCGACGUCUUUCAUGCUGAGGCGUCGGUACCGUGGCUGAGCGAAGUGCUCGUCCUCUUCACCAUAGCAUUGCAGCUCUGCCAGCAGCUAAAAGACAAGGUUGGAGUGUUCUACCAGUUCCGAGACUUCCAGAUCCCGUAAACUAGUCACGACAUCCACAUCCACCGCACUGCAGCAAAGGACAGGCAACAAAGGGGUUGAAGAAGCGCACGACAGACAUUACCGUGCGACGCGACAUCUAUGAAUAUACUUAAAACGCCUCGCUUGACACGCAUGUUAGUGAUUGUAUCUGGCAAGCGAACAUUUGGUUUUCAUUGCCCUAAACUCUGCAGAAGACGAAACAAAAAGAAAGGAAGGAAGGAAGGUCCGCGAGGCUCCGACGCGGCCGACAGAUGAUUGCGCGACCCAUUGCACUUUUGCCUCUUCAAACCUCUCCUACCCGAGAGCUUUUUUUGGAAAGGUCACAUUUGGGGGUGUCAUGAAGAGAAACGAGAGUUUGUGUUACGCAGGUUCGACUAGCGGACGCCAGGUGGCAUAUCAACGUACCGGCUACACUAAUAAUUUUAAGAGCAAUAAUCUCAUUUAGGUUGGCAGCUGUCGGGGCACGCACGAUUUUUCAACUUGCCAGUAGCAAGGGCGCCGAACCGGUGUCUUAUAGGAGGCGUGCGUCGUGAUAACGUCGCGCUUACACACUAAGUCAGACAGUUUUUCUAGUUUGAGUCAUGUGAUAUUAAUUUACUCACCCGCGAGGCUAUGCAACUCUCGGGAACUUUGAGCUAGGUUAACAUGUGCUUGUCUUAAAGGAAGGAAUACUCAAAUCCGUCGAUCGGGAAUAGUCAAAACGGCGGAGAGGACCUUGCGAAAGAUUGAGACGUUCGAUCGACGCUGUACAGGUGGUAUUCACUGGACGCCGUAUUUGAGGUGACUGCCCACAGUACAUGCUUGGGAGGAGUUUCCCGUCAGAAGGAAAAACUCUCUUCUCACUGGGACUCUCUUUUGUGUGUCCCCGACUUCCCCAGACGUUGCUAAUCUCCCUCUAGCAGCUUUCCCCUCUCUCUCCGUUCUCUGGAGGUGCGAAAGCAGCAGCGAGCUCAGCUAUGGUUGCCAAUGAAUACCACCUUUAGGUUUAGAACUAGCUGCAGCACAAACUUCGUAGAAACGUGAAGCACUACUAGUAGCACCGUACCUCUAAAUCUUGCUCGGAGCGGAAGUCUUUCGUCCUAAAGCGUCGAUAUAAGUGUCCUUUUUCUGUGAACAAUCAAAUGAAAUUGGAUACAAUUUCACUGACAGAACAAGAAGGGCAGGGCGUGUCUUUCGAACAGCCAAUCCCAAGCAUGCGCCCCAUGCCUUCCGCCGUGCUUUGGCAGACAUCGAAGCACCGUCGGAAGCUCGCGCUGGUGGUGGAACAAAUGCUGCUCCCUGCCCUUCUCAUUUUGUCAGUGACCAUAGCGGCGGUUAGCUGGCCAGCGAUUGCGGGAUAGUUUAUUGAAAAACUUGCUCAUUUCACUCCGAAAGCCAGCAGAUCGAUUCCUUUUUUAGCCGUACUGUGACGCCCAAACUCGGUAUAUUCCUCGAUUGCAUGUGUUCGGAAGUUCGGAGGCGUCAGCUGUUGUACUUAGAGCUUUGUUGACACCACUUUUACAUUUGAGUGCCAUUUUUGUUAUUUGUACAGAGCUGUUGUUUUGUAGAAAAGAAGCCCUCCCAAUAAUAAUAAUAAAAAAUUACCCCGAUUGUUUCCCCGCCAA